CAGCCUGGAAAUUAUUGUCAAGAAUAAUUCACCGGUAAAUUAAUAUUUUUGUUUUAUGAGGCAAAUAUUUCAACGACCAAAAGUUAACCAGUUGAAUGUAAACAAUGUGAGUAAUUCAAAAGUGAAGAAGAUUAAAAUGUUGCAACGUUGACUGGCGCAUAUAGCGACAUAACAAAUGUUUUAAUGAGCGAAAAUUGUCAUCAAAUUUGCGGGACAUCAUCAAAUAUCUAAAUUAACGCAGUUUGCAUAACAACGAAUAGCUACUACUUCCUAUCUACGAUUCUUUUGAAAUUUGUCUGAACAUCAUGGAUACUUGUUUUAGCCUAUGGCUGUGUUUUUGGUUUGCCGUGAGUGGGCUGAGCCUUGGUAUAAGCAGUUACGAUGAACUUGGGGGUGAGGUUACCAAUGAUAUAAUUUUAAAUGACACAUCUGGUGCGUAUACAGUCACAAAAAUGUUAACUAUCGCGAGAAAUACUACAUUGACUAUAGACCCGGGCUGCCGGCUAUUAUUUCAACAUGGAACAGGGAUAGUCGUUAUGGGAAGUUUAGUUGUUCUUGGUACAAGUGACAAUAGAGUCGCUUUCGAACCUGAAGGGGGUAAAGUAUUGGACACGGGGCGGUCAUCCGUCGCAGCCGAUAUACGACUUAGCGGGGCAACAACACCGAGAGAAGGGAGGUUAGAGAUGUAUUUUAACGGGCAUUGGACAUCUAUUUGCAGUAAUAGAUGGGAUGCACUAAAAUCUAGUCUAGCUUGUCAUUUGCUAGGGUACACCACAGGUGCAAUGCAUCCCGUUGUCAUAGAUGACGAUGAUUAUUGGCUGGAUGCAGAAAAUGAUUGGAUGAUGGAUUUCAAUUGUCAUGGUAACGAAUCUUCCUUCAGAGAAUGUACUUUUUCAGAGGAACUAGAUUAUGGAUCUUAUAUUGGAAAUAACGAAUGUGAAGGCCGUUCAGUAGUUGGCUUGCGAUGUGAGGGUGAAGGGCCUAGAUACGGUAACAGCACCUGGGCCGGGAUAACGUGGAUGAAUGCAGAUAGUUAUGAAGUUUUACGUGAUGGAAUCAAAAUGUUUCGAUCGACGUCACGUCUUUAUCACGCUGAUGUUAAUGGCGCCGGAAUUACGCACGAUUUACAUCGGCGUCCAGCAUUAGAAUCUUAUGGUGUGCCACCGUUACUAGCGUCCGUCAAAGUGGAGUAUUCGUUCGGUGAUGGAGUAAACUUCAAAGAUUUACCAUCAGAAACUGAAAUCAUUGACAGUACUUUCUCACAUAACUGUGGACUUGGAUUAUCCUUGAGUUCGGCAGUGACGGGUCGUGUGCUAAUCCUGACGUCAGAGAUUAGUUAUAACGGCUUAGGGGGAUUACAGAUUAACCAUACAACAAAUCCAUCGGACAUGCAUGUGAUAUACGAUGGGCUAUGUAAUAUAAACGCUACUGAAAAUUUUACAUAUCCAGUCUAUAUUCGAAAUGAAGUAAACAACCAUUGUGAAAUGGUGUUCCGCGCAACUGGAAGUCAACAUGUAUUACUGCGAAUCUACGAAGACUUUGGUUAUCUUCUUGAAGUGCGAGAUGGCGACAGUUCUACAGGACCGGUAAUCGCCAGUAGCAUAAGCGCCUCAACGUACGCCAUCAGUACUGGAUCAUCUCUGUGGGUGCGGGCUAAAUCAUUAGGCCUAUUCCGCAAAAUGCUACGUCUAUUAGUAACAACAUUUGAAGAAAUAUCGAGCACGUUUGAACUUGGAGAUGUCUAUAUUCACAACAAUCGGUUCGAUGGCAUGACCGCUGACUUAGACACGGCUUCGAUACAUAUCAGAAAUUCGUUCGUACUUGAAAACGAGCUCAAUGGUGUGCAGCUAGAAGAUGGCGAUGGUAUUCACAUUGAGUCGCUUGUGGCAGACAGAAACUCACUGUCGGGGAUGAAAGUUAUAAACACAAUUGCGAAUACCAGCAUCACUAAUAGCUCCUUCAACAACAACGGUAUUGGCUUGACCUGUCAACGAAUGGCUGGGAUGCGGAAAAGUCAUAUAAUAGUUUCUCUGACAGAGUCAACAAUACAAACCAAUCAAAAACAAGGGAUAUUAUUAGAUUCAUCAGAAAUGAGCGUUAAAAUAGUGGACAAUUACAUUUCUGAAAAUGGCCUUGGUGGAUUAGUUGUGGUAGCUGAGGAGCAGCCACUUAUUGAAGUAGACCUUUUGGUAGUUCGCAACAUCUUUGAAGAUAACAGUCAUGUUACUCUAGAUUCAGGUACAGCAGAUACAGCCAGAAUAAACAUAGCGAACAACCUGUUUUCAGGUAGUUCCUCAAGUUUAACCAUUAUCUCAAGUAAUUAUUCAAACUGCGCCGAAUGCUACUUAAGUAUUACCAACAAUACAUUUAAUUCAAUUGUAACAAGUGUUGCCAUGCAUCUUGAAGAAUUUAUGCCCGGAGGAACAGCUUUAAUAUCAAACAACCUAUUCCAAAAUAUAACCUGCAUGCAGGUGAUAAAAAUCUCAAGUAAUACAAAAUCAGUUCAGGAUAGAGGUCUUAUUUCUAUCAAACAAAACAGAUUUGUAGACAACGCCCCAUUUGAAGAGGUGUCCGGCAACCAACAAACCAGUUCACUGGUAUCAGAAGUUUCGUACAUUUUUUUGCGUCACAACUUCUUUAUGGAUUUAUUUGACACAAAAUUGAUAAUUGUAGUUGGUGAACCAACAACAGUUAUUCCUGCGCAAUUAAAUUGGUGGGGUUCAGUGAACGAAAAUGAAAUUCAAAGUGCCAUCAUUGAUAAACAGGACCACAUGAACUUGGCAAGCGUGGACUUCUUUCCUUAUUUAGCAUCUCCUAAUAUAAGCGACAUAAUAAGUCAACGAAUUAUAGACAAUUCAACCUUCAUUCGGAAUGGUUAUGUAAUUGGAGGCAUAAUGAAUGAAAAUAUUACACUUCAGGCUAAAGAUGAAGCAUAUAUAGUUGAUAAAAAUAUCAUCAUCUGUCAAUCUUGUAUUUUCACACUGAAACCAGGCGUAAAGAUGGAAUUACAUCCUUAUACAGGAAUACAUAUUCACGGCAGAAUUGACUUUUCUGGUAGCAUAAAUAAUCCGAUUGAAUUGUAUAUGAAAAACGUAUCUGAAAAUGUUGAUAAAUCUGAGUAUAGACUAUCAGUUGGAGAAGACAGUUCAGAGGGUAUCUUAUUAGAAAACCAUGAUGGAGUCUGGCAACCAUUAUGUGUAGCAGACGAUGACAAGCUUCUUCAACAUAUAUGCAUGAAGCUUGGCUACCAAGGCUUGAUGGAAUUUGAGUACCUACAAGAUGGUUCGGAUAGCGGCAAGGAUACCUCGUGCACUAGUACAGACAUCACCUGUAAAACAUUAGCUUCAGUGUCGAAGCCUUGUAACAAUGGAAAUCAAGUCUACCUUAAAUGUGUUCCAAUCAAGUGGGCAGGAAUUCGAUUCUUUGCCGAUGCUAGAUCCUCUAUUAUGAAUCACGUCAUAAUACGUGAGGCUGGUAGUCAUUUUUAUGGCACAUUUGAGAAAGUUCCCGCCAUUCAGGUGGAUUACCAUAGACAUACUCUCAACAACAUCCUUAUUUCAGGCUCACUAGCUGGCAUGAUGGUUAUGACUUCAGAGCCGUUUAAUACACAGGUACAGACAAUGAAUAUAUCUAUCAAUGGUUGUCAAGAUGACAUGUAUGCAUUUAAAGCUAUCUUCCCGCCAUUUUCAAUUUCAAACAUAACAAUAAGUAACUGUAAUCUUGGUGUUUUGUUUGAAGGAUUUACGAGUACAGAACUGAUCGAAUUCAACCAACAGCUUCCUAUCGGCUUGGUGCAACAACAGUGCUAUGGUAACAAGUCUCUGGAACAUGAAGGCAUUUUGUAUUUCUCAUUGGAGAAUGAAAUGGCAGUAAACAGACAACGUUGCGUUGAUACUAUUUCAACUAAUGAUUCUUUUGUAAUUGGGGUAUUCGUGGUAUAUGAAAGACUACUGCCAGAAGAAACAUUUUCAGUGUAUGAUGAUGCUCAAAGCAGCGAUGUUUUGUUGUCAGUGUCUGGAGAUCGUCAUAAUACAUACGCAAUCAUUUCAACUGGAUCAACUGUUGUUUUAGAAUAUACACGUGGUCAUGACCAACCAGAUGUUGGAGAACUUGUUGUGAUUGUUCAGGCAUUGAAAGCUGGUUCAGUGGUGGAUUCGCAGUUAAUCUCUUUAUUCUGGAUGUCAGAUAUGAACUUUGACCUGUCUGGAAUCGGAUCCGGCAGUGGAAUCGAGGUUAAGAACCUCGAAAGGCACCAUUCACUGAAUGUCACGCAAUCAUCAAUGAGGAUAAACGGUGUAGCGAAUGGAUUAACUUUGCAGGGACAUGGUAAAGUUUCAUUGGAUGAUGUCACUAUAUCUGACGUAGGAACUGGAAUCCAGAUGGACUCCUUUGCCGGGGAGUUUACAAUGUUUGAAAGUGAUUUGACCUCUAGUGAUGUUGGAAUCGAAGUUGCUGGACGUUACACGUUAAGCGACACCACAGAGAUAUAUACAAAUGUGUUGAACUCACGUAUUACAAACAGCACGUUGAGUGCAAUACAUAUAAGAGAUGAGCCAAGAUUUCAGAAAACACUGAACAUUGAAGGAUGCAAUUUUACGGGAAAUUACGUCACAUUGAGACUUACAGGCUGCAAUGAAACAGUGUAUAUUUAUGACGUUAUAAUUCUGCAGAGCAUGCGUGGUAUAGAGAUGAAUGAUUACUCUGGAAAUAUUUUUGUAAAAGAUAGCUUUAUCUCAGCAAGAGAUCGAGCACUUGAGGCUUCAAGUACAACACCAUUUUCUAGUAACGUCUUCGGACGCAUUGAGUCUACGCACUUCACGGGUCAUACUUAUAUUGUUAUGAACUUGCGCGAAUUCGCUAAGGCUCAGUCAAUCAGGAGGGCUCGUGAUUGGUCAGUUGUAGACUGUACAUUCCAGGAGAAUUCUCACGUUAUUAAACUUGAUGCUCCAAGUAUGGCAAUGGCAAGUGCAAGGCAGUCCUUAAUGUUAUCCGGUUGUACAUUUAUACGGAACGAAGGCACAUUAAUCAAUAUUAUGGAUGGGUCGGUAGAGGCUCACAUUGUUAACAACACUUUUUAUGACAAUAGAGGAUCUUCGAUUUAUACAGAUAUAAUAGACGGUCAAUGUGUGCUAAAUAUUUCAACUAAUACGUUUUAUAGUAACGAUGCUGGAAUUGAGUAUUUUGUCAGGCUUCCGGGAGAUAUCACCUCUGUACAUAUAUCAAACAACCAGUUUAUAAACAACGUAGGGCACAAUUUGAUCUAUAUAUUUGACAGUAGACAGAUUCACCGGUCGAAGAUUUUACCAGAUAGCCUUAUAAUUUCUUUUAACAACAUCACUGGCAACAAGCCUGAUUCAAAACACCGAGGAGAAAUGUCAUGCGCGGUAAGAAUUAACAUACCUCGUGGAUCUGUGACGAAUAAUAUCUUGAAUAAUGGUGAUUUCUUGAUAGAAAUUUGCAGUAAUGCCGUGCUUUUCGAUGAAUCGUUUGACGUUAUUAAUGCAACAUAUAACUGGUGGGGCACCACAAAUGAUGUCAUAAUCGAAAAUAGGGUGGUUGACAUAAGUGACCGAAAUGACAUAAUAAGCAUCGAACAUUCUCCGUAUCUAACUUCAGAUGACUUAUAUGGAAACUACACCACCAUUAAUAGUUCACGAUUAGAUGACAAUACUCGAUUUAUAGGAGGAAAAAUUAAAGGUGAACUUACAUUAACACUAAACCAGAGUCCAUAUGAAAUCGAGAGUGAUAUCACUGUGUUGCAAAACUCGCUGCUGACUGUCGAAGCUGGUGUAGUCUUGCAAUUUCACCCAAAUAUUGGGAUUCUGGUUCUUGGUGAUUUUGUUGCUGAUGGAAAAGAGAACGGCGUUAUUGUAAUGGAAUCUAUUCGAAGUAAGAUGAAGAGUAGCCCGACGUUGCGCCUUACUGGUGGUAAAAUACCUUCAGAAGGUCGAUUGGAAAUGCUUAUAAACAACAAAUGGACCAGGUUGUGCAGAGAGCUAUGGACAAUGUCUGAAGCCACGGUAGCAUGUGGUCAAAUGGGAUAUGCCGCCCCGGUGCGUUAUGAUUGGUCGACAAGCGCGUUCAAAGAAACAGUUUCACAAAUUAAUAAUGCAACUUUCACAUGUCGAGGAAAUGAACUUGAACUUAAUGAUUGUUUUGCAAGCUCUACUCUAUGUGAAGACGAAUUCGAUGUAGGUCUAAUGUGCGUCACCACCUCCGCAGCUCAAAUGGGACUAGCAUGGGGAGGUCUCCGAAUAAUGACCAUGUCAACAGUUCAGAAGACAGGGUCUACAAUAAUUUCAUCUAGCAAAAAUAGAAAUGUGAUACUACGAUAUUUAGAUAUUUACGACGCUGGAUAUCUGCACGAUAAUGAUGGGGCAGCACUCAGCCUGAGUCACGUAAGUCCUAUAAUUGAGGAUGUAAGGAUUUUUAACUCCGUUUCCAAAGGAAUCGAAGUCUUAACCCCUUUGGUUCCAUUGAGUAUGGAAAGAGUUUUAGUAAAUGGAAGUGCAUCACAUGGUAUAACAUUGACGCGUGGUAGUGAUGUCACUGAUGUUGUGUUUGAUAGUGUUGAAAUACUAGGCAACGAUAUUGGCUUGCAAAUAGUGGGGUUCACCGGCGGUCCUUAUGUGAAUGAGUACGUGGGCUUGCAUGAUAUUUGCUCGAUGGAAGAUGUCACAGUUAGCAAUUUCUUAAUGGGAUAUUUUGAUCGCCAUUCCAAAAAAAAUUCUGAAUGUACGGUGAUCAUACGUGCUGCAGAAAUUGGAGCAAGCCUUGCAAUUGCCGUCCGGCGGGUAGACUUUACGCCAGGGAAGGACACUUUACUAAUUUUUGAUGGCAGUGAAUACGAUGGAAAGCUCAUUGGUCAAUUUGCGCAAUCGUCGGCAGAAGAUACGUUGGCUCUAGAAUCGACAGGUGAUUCAGUUACCUUGAAGAUGCUAUAUGCUGCAGGAUCAAUCAAACGGUAUUAUAUUUUCGAAAUAACGACAAAAACAGAGGGAGAGUUAAGUUACAUCAUAUCUACGUCAACGAUUGCCCAAUCAAAACGCAACGCCAUUUGGUACACUGGAUUAGAUACAUCAUUUGAGAUAAGCCAGUGCCACGUGGUCUCCAACAACAACGAAGAAAUAUUAUCUGUUAAUAAUAAUGAAGCAGGAGCAGUUCACGUGGUCAUGGACGGCGGAAAUCUUAAUAUUUCCCAGUGUGUUUUUGAAUACAAUAAGAUCGGUGCUCUUUCUGUUGACAUCGGAAGGUCGAACGAAAUAAAAGCGAAGGAAAUUUCUGUAGCGAUUACAGAAAAUGAUUUUGUGUCAAAUAUUGGUUCAUGCACACUAACUGUCUCAUCUUACUACGAAGCACCAAUCGACACUGUUACUGUUCUUCUUAGAGGUAACAUCAUAGAAAAUAAUACGGCGACUGACAGAUGUAGCGUAAUUGGAAUCUCAGGUGUUCAAUUGAGCAUCGAACAGAAUCUAAUAAAAGAGAAUCUUGGGAGAACAUUAGAUUGGACCGGCAUUAAGUCCCUCGAUAAUCUAGUAAUGGUUGCCAAUACGUUUUUCUACAACAAAGCCGAGCGCGGACCGACGAUCUAUAUAAACGGAAAGGGUUCUAAUUUUUUGUUCACCCAGAAUUCGUUCACCGAUCUUGACAAUGUUGUAGAGCUGACGGCUGUUUUCGAUGACAACACUAGUAAACGACUACAUGCUGCCCUUAACUGGUGGGGAAUGACGUCGCCAGAAUUGAUCCAGACUCGAGUGGAGACAGAUGAUGGUGAAAACCAGGGAAAUAUUGAAUUCACAACAAAGCCUUCGUUACAGACACCACUUACUACGGUGUACGAUUUUGACUGUCCAAUAGGUUUUAUGAAAAUAGGUGUUAGCUGUUAUCAGCUACGUAGCAGUGUCAGAGGUUAUGGCGAUGCUGUAGAGGUUUGCAAAAAACUAUCUGCAGUUAUUACAAGUGUUACACACGUGGAUGUAAACGCAAUCCAACGUUCGAUGACGAACAGGGAAUCACGGGACCGGGUCUGGGUAUAUCUUGAAUCUGAUACAACAGAGAGUGAGUUUUAUCCGGAAUGUAGCUCAUAUGAUCCUGUAACCAAUGUGACGAGCUCUGAACCUUGCGACCAGCGACUCUCAUUCGUUUGCAAAACAUUUACUGUUGGUACGUGCCAUGAACCAGAAAUACACGUGGAUGAUGAUAUCGGAUCUGGUAACGACUUGUCUACCUGUGACGAAGUUAGCAGUUGUUCGAUGAGAGGCCGAUGUAUAGCACCGAAUAUUUGUCAUUGCUACGUUGGUUUCCAGGGAAAGUCUUGUCGAAAUAAUGCGCCCUCUAACGAGCGACCACCCCGAUUCAGUGGAGCAUCUAAGAACAUAUCGAUUGCACAAAGCUCACCGAGGGGAACAUUUUUUACACAAGUUAAAGCUCUUGAUAAAAACUAUGAAACUAAUGAACCAUUUUGUUAUCAUCUCAUACCAACUGAGUUUACUGAAAAACUACAUUUAAAUUCAAAUUCUGGUAUGGUUCAUUUAAAAUCCGAUGCAAAGAAGAUGAAACAGCGUCUAGCACAUUUCCUAGUGGCAGCUAGAGAUGCCGGAUCGCCACCAAAAUCAUCUAUGAUUAACAUAUCAGUUACUCUAGUUGAGGCAUCUCCAGAUUGUCCUGUAUUUUCUCCUGAAUCGUCGUAUUUAUACAUAGCUCACGCAUCAAAGCCUUCCGAAACUGCUUCUGUACAAGCAACUGUAGUCAAUGGUAACACAGUGUACUACGCACUCUACGAACAUGCUGGUGAAGGAAGAUUCCAGAUUGAUGUAUCGUCUGGAUUGAUAACAUUAAGCAAAGAUUUAGCUGUGGGACUAUACUCAUUUGUUGUAACGGCAUAUACGAAGGGUGUUGAUUCCUGUGUUUCUGGCAAGAAUGUAAUGGUUGACGUUCGCCAAUUCAAUGAUAAUCAAUCCAUGUUUCCAUCUACAACGUAUCGACCGGAGGAAAUUUCGGAAAAAACACUAACAAAAACGGAUGUAUAUCAUAAAUAUUGUGACACAAUUGGAUGCAAGAACGAGGGUAUUUGUACCAACAAGAAGUGUAUAUGUCCUUGUCCGUUUGCGGGAGAGUUUUGUCAGAAAGAAACUCACUGUAUUGAAGUUUCCAUGAAGAUUAAGUCACUGUUCGGUCAUACCGCCCUCUAUGAUCUGAGACUUGGCGAUAGAGCCGAUCACCUUUUCUACACUUAUGCUGAAGAAGUCCAGAAAUUUGUUGACGGCGCUGUCUAUAGCAAUGACGUCUUAGCUGGAUCAUAUAUAGGAAAUACUGUGACGAGAUUUCUUGAAGGCAGUUUGAUUGUGGAAUAUCAGGUAACAUUCGAGACACAAUCUGUGUUAACGGAUAAUGAACUGAGACAAGUCCUGAAAAUAUCGUUAUCUGAAUAUGAUGGCGAUGAUGAAGACAUCACCGUUGAUCCUGAGAGCAUUACCUUAACGGACAACACUGAUACUACACCUACUCAAACGGAUACACCCAGUAAAGGUUUAGACGUUGGUGGUGGUAUGAUAGCUAUCAUUAUAAUAAUUUCCGUAGGAAUAAUCAUAGUUGUAGUCGUGGCGAUUGUAUUACUCAUCAGACGAAAACGAAAACGUAGAAGUUACUAUAACAACCUACAAGCCAAUCCAAUCAAAAUGACUACUGUGAAACGAGAACCUGCGAAUCAAGAUAGCGAGGAAAUUACGUAUCAAGAUCGUGCUGAACCGUUAGAAAAUAAUUUUUCAGAAGAUCCACAGUAGGCCUAGCGAUCAAGCUUGAUAAGUUUUUUAUUGUUUCAAUUAUUAUUAUUUUUUGUUUUGUUUUUCCACAACUUUCUGCCCUUUGGAAUGCCCUAAAUUUGUAUUGCUACCGUACCGAAUUGUAUAUUAAGUAGGGCUACACUGUGUGACUCCCAAUUAAAACGUAAAAAUGAGAGAAUUAAACUUCCUCUCUGAAAAACCGCAUAAAUACUUUAUUAAGUUUCGAUGGAUUUCAAGAUUGGUGUAGUGUAAGGACUGUAAAUCAACGGCAACAGUUAGUUUCUAUGUAACGCUGAAGUACUGUGGCUAGUUGAGCUAUUGAAUAUUUUACUUUGUAUGUAAAAAUAAUGUUUUUUUUAUUUAGUAUUUUUAAUCAACAUGGAACAUGCUUUGCAUUAAAAAAUGUCACCCAUGUUAAACAUAUUUGUAAAUAACUGUGUUGGUGAGGAUAAGAAUAAUUAAUGGGAUAUACUAUUUUAAUAUUUGAUUCAGUCUUAGUAAUUGUACGAAAUAGAUUGAAUAUUGUUGUUGAUUAACUCUUUAAUGUAUUUUACAGUUAAUAGAAUUUAUCAAACGCAUAGGCCUAUAUAGAAAUAAAUGUGACAUAAUGGUUUAUAUUAUUAGAGAAAUAAGAUGGAAAACUGCCACCACAUUCUAUGAACGCAAAUGUAUAUUAUUUUGUAAGCAUUAAGAAAAAUAGUGUUAUUUUCCAUUUUGGUGGCACCGACUAACCAUUAUUGUACGUUUGUAAUCAGUAGUUGAAACGUUUUAUAGUUACCAUUUUCCUCUAAAUUAUAUAAGGCAGAUAAUGCAAAGGGCAUUUUUAGUUGUGUUUUUCGUUAUGUCAUGUAUAUGGCAUUAAAUCUCUCUUUAGAUACAAUAGAGUGUUGCAUCGUAGAUUAGAUAGGUUCUUUCAAAAGAAAUACAAAUAUUCAUUGUUUGUGAUUUUUCUUUUAGUGAAUGGGGCUAAUUUUACGUACCAUAUUAAUUAGCGAAUCUUGUUAGAAGUCUGAAUAUUUUGGUGUUAAUGAUUUAACGGGGCCCUUCACCGGUCCUCCUCCCUCUGGGCGUUACCCAUGUGUAAUAUAUAAAUAGUUUUUUGAAGAACGGUUGGGCAAGAUGUCAUAUAAAUAUUAAUGUUUACUGUAUUAUAUAGAUAGACAUAUGCCAUGCAGUAGAAAAACACCGUCACCGCGGCUCUAUCGAGACCAGGCAAGGCUAUGAUAUGAUAGGCUAUGAAAAUAAGUAAUAAUAGCAGCAACAACAUUUAUAACAGCAGCCAAUAAUAAUAAUUAUUAUUUAAUUGGCAUGAUGGCUAGGGCGAUGGUGACGGUCUAAGAUAACAGAUAACUCAUCGCCAAAAUGUAAACACGAAGCACCAACUACAAAUCCAUCGGUUAGAGCAUGCGCAAAUUAGAUUUUUCAUUGCGUUGCGGCGCUUGCGUUGCAAAAAAUUGAAUCGAACAGCGCAAAAGUUGAGAAGCGUCGGUGAAGCCACAAAACCCCUGCGUUGCGUUACUUAGCGUCGAUACUUCGCGUCUGCGUCGUUGCGUUGCGUCCAUUGGGGAAGCAUGCUUAAGCGUCGCGGAGAUUAUUCUAUUCUACUAUUCGACAGUACAUACCCUGUGUGUAAUAAACACUUUGAGAAACAGAGUUUUAAAUACAAUGCAUUAUGUGGUAAAAUGAAUAAAUAACCAAAUGAAGACACAAACAUAAUUAUUUUAUAAACGUUUAUUACGAUGAUGAUGAUGAUGAUAAUGGGUUACCCCCAACUAUAUCUAAAAUUAAAUUCGUUUCCAACCAAACGCCAAAGAUUGGUAGUCUUAGUUCAGCUAAGUAUGGCAUAGCCGAUUAAAAAUAAAAACUUUAUCCUAGA